CUGAACCCAUUGAAGAGAGAUGAGAGACCUACAAACCUACUACCCCCUUGCUCCAACAACAAACACACCGCCGGAAGAGAGGAUUCCUUCCUCUAUACCCGUAAGCGUGCACUAAAAAGAGACCGUUUUAAAGAAGGCUAUUAUCGAAGAAAAUGAUAUUCUUCUGACAAAAGAAAUUUCAAAUGAGGAGGAGUUUGAAGUUUGAACCCUAAUCAUGAGCUCUUUCCAUUCCCCAUCAUCAAUGCACGCAUACCUAAAUUCAAUCCCCACGGUUAAACUUCAGAUUACAUUUACAUGAUAGAGAAUCAGAUCGAGUGAGUGAACGUUCAACUGUUCGACCAACCGCUGUUGUUUACAAUUAUCUGUUGAUUAUUUGUUUUGUUUUGUUUUUUUUCUGAUUUUCCUAAACGAGGUUGGUUUCUCCGAGCACUCAUCGUGGCGCGCUGCGGCUGAUUGCCUUACAUAUAAAUAGUUCGCCCCGACCGGCUUGGUUGCGGGACACAUCCCCGUCUCUCUCUCUCCCUCCCACCCACCUACCCGCACGCAUCUGGCCUUCGAUUUCUGAAUCCGGUAAGCCCUUCAUCUUCCCUUGAUUUCUUUCCGGCUUCCCCCUCCGUGUUACGCAUCUGAAAGCCCUAAUUUUCGCUUGUCUGUUUCGGAUCUUAUCCUAAUGCAGUUUUACCUGAAAAGGAGGUGUUCAUUUAGUUGCGUCUACUGAUUUAGGCGGACCUAACCUAGAUGAUAGAUUUGGGCAUCUGAAGCCUGAAGUUUUGAGUUUCUAGGGUUUUAAUUGAGUCGAGCCUCGUUCGUUUUCAAUUAUGGAUAGUAACAAGGACGAGGCUCUAAGAUGCGUUAGUAUCGCCAGGGACGCGAUCGCCUCCGGGAAUAAGCAGCGCGCGCUGAAAUUCAUUGAUAUUGCGCGUCGGCUUAACCAUAAUUUGUCGGUUGAUGAUCUCUUAGCCGCCUGUGAGAAUAUGAAUUCGCGGUCUCCUGGUCCUUCUAGCGACGAAAAGCCUGUGGAUAGUGGUAAGAAUAAGGUGAAUUCGCGGAUGGUUGACGAGGUUUCAAAUGGGGAGCGUAAUUAUACGGAAGAGCAUGUGCAGUUGGUCAGUAAAAUCAAGAGAAGUAGGGAUUACUAUGACAUUCUUGGUGUGGAAAGGAGUUGUUCGGUGGAGGAGGUUAAGAGAGCAUACAGGAAAUUGUCGUUGAAAGUUCAUCCAGACAAGAACAAGGCGCCUGGUUCAGAGGAGGCAUUUAAGAAAGUUAGCAAGGCAUUCAAGUGCUUGAGCAAUGAUGAUUCGAGAAGAGAAUAUGAUCAGACUGGGUUGAUUGAGGACUUUGAUUAUGGUCAGCAAUACAAUGUCAGGCGGAGAAAGCGGCGAACUGGGCAUGAUUCGUUUGAUGAUGAUUUUGACCCUGAUGAGGUAUUCAGGUCAUUUUUUGGACAUGGACCACAUGGUGACAUGUUCCGUCCAAGUCAUGUGUACAGGACUAGAGCAACAGCCAAUCAAGGAAGGGAAGAGAAUGUUGGAGCAGGGCCUAAUCUGAUACUUCUUCUUCAGAUAUUACCUUUUUUGAUCAUAUUCCUGCUUGCUUAUCUUCCCUUGUCGGAGCCUGAUUAUUCCUUGCAGAAGAACUAUUCUUAUCAGUUACCUAGGAUCACUGAGAAACAUGGCAUUGAGUUUUAUGUUAAGUCGGUUGAUUUUGAUCAGAAUUACCCACUUGGAAGUCCUGCUCGAGCUAGUAUCGAGGAAAAUGUUAUAAAAGAUUACAAAAAUUUACUUGGUCGCUAUUGUCACAUAGAACUCCAAAGGCGUCAAUGGAGCAGGAACUUGCCCACUCCUCAUUGCGACAAGCUAAAGAGCUUUGGUGUAGCAUAAAGAUGGGGUGAUUGACUUGAAGAUGUUCUAGAAAGUAAUUGUGGCUGCAGCUUAGGAGGAGAGGAGGUGCCCAUAUCCUAAUGUGAUGGUGACACUGAACUUAGAACCACUCACUGUUAGAGUGGUUCAGUUCAACAGAUGUGACCUGGGGCAUCUGCAUUUUGAUCCUGGAGCAACCAUCCACCAAGGUGAGCCAGGAUGAUGUUAAGGAAGAUGUUUACCACCCUAGCUCAAACUACAGUACACUCUAUUUUGCGGGUUGUUGCGUCGUAUUUGAUAUGUGGUUGGUUGGAUAAAGAUAGAUUAAAACCUUAAGGAAAAUGAAGCAAUUCCAUUUACAAUAUGGCACGGUUACAUUAUCCGGGUUGUUUUGUCCAUCAAGCUCUGAUGAUGUACUGAAUAUAUUCUCCAUUGAUCCUA